GACCGACUCUUCCUCUUUCCCUCCUCUCUCUCUCUCUCUCUCUCUCUCUCUGAGAAUUCAACACGCAUCUUCUUCUUCUUCUUCUCCUCACUUGCCUCGCCGUCGCGUUCGGCCCCAGCACACGCUUCGCCAACGAACACUUAUCAGACCCAAAUCGAUCUUCUUCCCAGAUUUCACUCCUUGGCUCCUUUCUCUCUAUCUCUUAUCGCAUUUCGCUUCGACCCAUCACCGGAAAGAGCUGGAAAAAUCGAUACUUUAAGCUGAGCGUUGGUCUGUAAUGGCGGUCGCGACGGCGACGACGACGACGGCUGCGGCGCCGGGGGCGGCGGCGAGGAGGGCGCUGAGCUACCACUUCGUGCCCAAAAGGGUCUGCUUCUCCUUCGCGGCCUACGCGAAGAGCCUCAUCGACCACCUCGUGUCGCGCAACAUCCCCGUCCUGGAAGGGCUCACGGAGGCGGAAUUCGCCUCCCUGGAGUCCGCCUUCUCCUUCGCUUUCCCGCCCGACCUCCGGUCGAUCCUCCGGGAGGGCCUCCCCGUCGGCCCCGGGUUCGUCAACUGGCGGUCGUCCUCCCCGCAGCAGCUCCAGAUUCUGGCGAGCCUCCCGGGCCGGAGCCUGAUCAAGGAGGUGUCGCAGGGCGGCGGCUUCUGGUGCGACGCGUGGGGCGAGAGGCCGAGCGAUCGCGACGGACCGGUCGAGUUGGCUAAGAGGUUGCUGGAGGAAGCGCCGGUUCUGGUGCCGAUUUACCGGUGCUGCUACAUCCCGGCGUCGCCGAACGCCGCCGGCAAUCCGGUGUUCUACAUUGACGGCGGGGACGUCCGCGUGCUGAGCUUCGACCUCGCCGGAUUCUUCCAGGAGUUCGAGUGGCUGCGAAUCGGCGUCUUCCGGCCGGCCCGGACGGUGCCGCCGAGGGUCGGCACGCCGGCGUGGGCCGCGACGGCGCCACGGAGGAUCGAGUUCUGGAGCGACGUGGCGGAGAGAGGCGGGAGGAGGGGGCCGCCGCCGGCGGCGGCGCGAGGGAGCGCGGGCGGGUGGUGGUGCGGCGGCGGCGGCGGCGGCGGCGGAGGAGGUGGAGGCAAGCUCGGGGCAUGCAUGGAGGAGAUGUUCUGGAGGCUGAGGGACGGUGGGUGGACGGAGGAGGAAGUGAGGGAGAUGAUGUGGAUGGACGGCUGCGAUGGGAGGGCCAAGGUGCGGGGUGACGUGGCGGGAUCCCAGGGAGGCGUUGCACGGCACGUGCGAGCGUGGUCUCUGCAGCUAUUGCGUGCGGGAUGGAGCAGGGACGACGUGGCGGACUCGCUUGGGAUCAACGUCGACGAAGACAGCGAGGUUGGUCUCUGCGUUCCUGAUGAUCGGGGCUAAAUGGUUUGGGAGCACCCGAAACGACGUCGCGAGACGGAGAGCAUUUACAUUGAGUGAAUGGAUGAGGUGAUAAAUCCCUGAAGAUCAUGUGCGCUCCUCACUUUGCGAAUUUUGUGUUCUUUAUACUCAUACAUACAAUUAGACAGAUUUAGGUAGAGAUUAUCGUGUAAAUCUUCUGUUUAUUUGUAAAUACAAAACGCGUGGGGGAGAUUAUCAUGUGGAUGACCAUGAGCAAAUACAUAUUGCUUGUUGCAUAAUUAAGGCGGGAAAGAUUUCGAUA